GUAAAGGGACAUCAGGGCUAGCAUGAGUCAUUUAUAGAGCCAGUCAGGGCUAGAAAAGAGAGAGAAAGAAAGAGGAGGGGAAGAGAGAUCAAACAAACACUGUGAGGAGCAGGAUGUCCCAGCAAGACAAAGCCGGGCUGUGAGCAUCAUGUAUGUGAGUUAUCUUUUGGAUAAAGAGAACAGCAUGUAUCCAGGAUCUGCAAGGUGCAGCAGCAACAACCUGCCAGUGCAAAACUUUGUGUCCGCUCCACCCUAUUCCGAUUACAUGGGAUAUCAUCAUGUGCCAACUCUGGACAACCAUGGACAGCCUGCGGGAACCUGGGGAUCUCACUAUGGCCCACAGAGGGAGGACUGGAACGCUUACGGCCCAGGACCUUCCAGCACGGUUGCUGCUGCACAGAUCAAUGGCUCGUCUCCUGGACAGGUCUCCUACAGUUCUGCUGAUUACAGCUCCCUCCAUCCUGCUGGAUCUGGGGGGUUACCUCCUGUAGAAACAAUUAAUACACAGCAAAUCUCUCCCAACAGCCAAAGGCACAGCUCUUACGAAUGGAUGAGGAAAACGGUGCAAUCCACUUCUACAGGUAAAACAAGAACAAGAGAGAAGUACCGAGUGGUUUACACAGAUCAUCAGAGAUUAGAAUUAGAGAAGGAAUUUCAUUACAACAGAUACAUUACAAUCAGGAGGAAGUCUGAACUUGCUGCAAACCUAAGACUUUCCGAGAGACAGGUGAAAAUCUGGUUCCAGAAUCGCAGAGCCAAAGAAAGAAAAUUAAUGAAGAAGAAAAUGACUCAUUUUGAUGGCAGCAAUCUUGGCUCUAUGCAGAGUGACUCUGGCUCAGUGAGCCCGAUGCCAGUUCCUGACCAACAGACUCAUUCAGAAAUGUCCAGUUCUUUAUUCCCACCUCCACCUCCUCCACCUCCGCUUCCCAUGAAUGGUUUGCAGCACAACGGGAACCUGCAGCAGGUAGUGGCCUCUCAGUAAGGCUGCCUGAAGAGCUACUGCAUAACGAACACUAUAGACUACCAGUACAUGGAGCACUACAGUAUGAAAGAGAGAGGACAGCUGUAGCUGUUUUGCAGGAGUCCCCAGCAUGACACAGUUCUGUGCGCAUAAGCUUCAAGUACAGUAAACCAAGAGCCACUUGCCAGGUCUGCAGGAUAGCGCAAGUUCCCAAGGGCAAUGGAACUGCUGUGUGCCAGGAGUCCUAGUUGCAGGGAGCCUCUGCAAGAGGAUGCCAUGCCGAGUCUUUGCCACAAGGCGAGCAUCCCUCCAGCCAUGCAGCAGGUGGGUAGGCACUGGGAGGGAGGAGAGCUGAGGACCAGAUACGGCCACUUGUCACAGCACACUGCAGACAAAAAACAAAAAGCACAAA